AUCUCUCUCAUUUAGCACACACAACAACUAUAGUACUUUCAAAUUUCAGAUUAAAAAAAAAAACCCUAGCUAAAAUUUUGAAAUAUGAAUCAAUAUCAUAUAUACGAAGCUAUUGGUCGUGGAAAGCAUUCGACUGUAUAUAAAGGAAGAAAGAAGAAGACGAUUGAGUAUUUUGCGAUAAAGAGUGUGGAUAAAUCUCAGAAAAAUAAGGUUCUUCAUGAAGUCAGAAUUCUUCAUUCUCUGGAUCAUUCAAAUGUGUUGAAGUUCUACUCCUGGUAUGAAACAUCCGCACACCUGUGGUUGGUUUUAGAAUAUUGUGUUGGAGGAAAUCUUAUGAGCUUGCUGCAGCAGGAUGGUAAGCUUCCCGAAGAUUCAAUACAUGAUCUUGCUUGUGGCCUUGUUAGAGCUCUUCUAUACUUGCAUUCAAAGGGAAUAAUCUACUGUGACUUAAAGCCAUCAAACAUCCUAUUGGAUGAAAAUGGAAUCACAAAGCUGUGUGAUUUUGGAUUAGCAAGAAAAUUGAGUGAUAUAUCAAAGACACCUUCCUCCCAGUUACCACAAAUAAAGCGAGGAACCCCCUGUUACAUGGCUCCAGAGCUCUUCCAGGAUGGAGGGGUCCAUUCCUAUGCCUCUGAUUUCUGGGCUCUGGGUUGUGUGUUGUUUGAAUGCUAUGCUGGGAUACCUCCUUUUGUUGGCAAAGAAUUUACCCAGUUAGUGAGAUCAGUCAUUUCUGAUCCAACUCCACAACUUCCUGGCACCCCAAGCCGCCCCUUAGUCAAUCUGAUUAAUUCUCUUCUAAUAAAAGAUCCUGCUGAAAGAAUGCAGUGGCCUGAGCUUGCAGGACAUGCUUUCUGGAAAACAAGAUUUGCUCCAGUGCCUUUACCCCCUCAACCUGCUUUUGAUAAUAUGAUAGAAAUUUCUUCUAAACAAUGCCUUUCAGAAAGGAACAGUGAAAAGCCAAUACAAAACAAGACCCCACAAAAGACUCGUGAAAAAGAUUCAAAGGCGUCCCUCAAGCAGGAUGAAAAUUCAAAUACUGGAUCCAGAGGUUACGUGACACCAAUCAAGGGCAUAUCCAGUGGCCGGAAAGCUCAAAUGAAGGGUUCUGGCAGGACAACUGAUGACAAGCAGAAAGACAAUUCUAAGGGUGUCAAUCUAUUACGUCUUUCAAGAAUUGCAAAAUCAAACUUAAUGAGGGAAAAUGAGAAGGAGAACUACCGCAGGCCAUUGCCUAAUAACUCUGAGAAUGAUGCUGAACUUAAGGUUGAAAAUACUGACAUGGAACUUGACUUUAAUGAGAAUAAUGAGGAUGAUACACAAGAUGAACCUGAUGAAACUGACAGCACUCAGAGUCUUGAGUCAACUCCGACUUCAACUAAUCAGUCGGAGGGUAAUGUGGAAGAGAUGGAUAGUGAAAGCAGAAAUCCAGAUACACCAGCGGGGCUUAAUACACCUUGCUCAGAUUAUUCAAGGACAUCUGACCAUGAACAAUCUUCUAAAUAUGAAGAUAGCCCUCAGCUAAAGACUCCUGUGAUUAAAGAGAAUUCCACGAAUGUCUCUGAUAUCUCAAAACCAUCUACAAACCUUUCAGAUAUUCUCUGGCAUCCAUCUGAUCUCUCAGUCAGACCUGUAAUGCCUAGCAGAAAAUCAGAUAAAGGUUCAGAUACAAUUCCUUCACUUUCAUUCGAUGCACCUCAACUGUCUGAUUUUGUCAAAAUGUCAAAGGAGCAAUUAGACACUUUUAAUAGUAGAAUCAUCAGUAUUGUUAGUGGGAAUACUGCCUCAGGGGAGAAGCAAAAUGUGAUCAGAUAUCUUGAGCUUUUGAGCAACAAUGCUGAUGCAGCCAACAUCUUGACCAAUGGGCCUAUUAUGUUGGUUCUAGUCAAAAUGCUUCGUCACUCCAAGGUUUCGCUGUUGCGUGCUCAACUUGCUUCAGUUAUUGGCUUGUUGAUUCGUCACUCUACUUUUAUUGGGGAUGAGCUGGCAAAUUCUGGAAUUUUAGGUGCACUAACUGAUGGUCUCAGAGAUAGGCAAGAGAAAGUGAGAAGAUUUUCCAUGGCUGCUUUGGGAGAAUUACUAUUUUACAUAUCUACUCAAAAUGAGCAAGCUCGGGAUAAUAAACCAAUGGAAUCUCCAUCUAAGGACAGUCGACCCUCAUCGUGUUGGCAGGUUACAAGUCCAACAAUUUCAUUGGUUUCAUCAGUUCUACGAAAUGGAGAGGAUGAUAUUACUCAACUUUAUGCUCUGAGGACAAUUGAAAACAUCUCCAGUCAAGGAGGGUACUGGUCAGCUCGUUUCACCAGCCAAGAUGUGAUUACUAACCUCUGCUACAUAUUUAGGGCUCCUGGAAAGCAGGAGAGCAUGAGGCUGACAGCAGGGUCUUGCUUGGCUCGUCUUGUUCGUUUUAGCCCUUCUAAUAUUCAACGAGUCAUGGAAAAACUUUCAUUCAAGGAUAUGGUUUCAAGCCUGGUCAAGCGCAAUCCACGAGAGCAACAAAUCUGCUUAAACAUUCUGAACCUGACCCUCCUUGAAAGUCAUACACUUCCAAGUGUUGGAAGGUACCUUCUUGCCUUGGUCGAAGACAAGAAUCUUGUUCUGAACCUUGUGACUCUAAUUGAGCAGGGAAGUGAAGUUUUGAAGGGAAAGACACUCAUAUUUGUGGCUCUACUUUGUAUGAAUGGGAAGAGGUGGCUGCCACUAUUUUUUUGCAAUGCAAAACUGCUCUCGACCGUUGAUAGGUUGGUAAAGGAGAAGGACGACUUUGUGAAGCAGUGUUUAGAUGCACUUGGAAUGGUUGUUGCAUCAACUGUACCAAGUUUGCUAGAGUCUAUAUCCGGGGACAUUCAGCAACUCAAGGGUGGUAAACGCCGUGGGCAGAUGAUUAGCCUCACAAGUCGAAAUUCUUCUAAGAAUAGUAUGCAUUUAUUUCCUGUUGUUCUCCAUCUUCUUGGGUGCGCUUCACUGAAAAGAAGGGUUGCUAGUCAUCAGGUUCUGCAACAGUUGGCAAAUCUGCUUAAACUGGUGGAGUCUCCUUUCCAGGGUAGAGAUGAUUUUCAGAUAACACUUUUACGGGUUCUUGAAUGUAUAUCGGAGGAGAUAUCACUGGUUCAAGAAUGUUCUAGCAUUUUUGUUAGUCAGAUUCUACCUAGUUUAUCUGUUAUUUACAGAGGAAAUAAAGACGGAGAUGCCAGAUUCUUGUGUCUGAAGAUUUUGUUUGAUGUGAUGGUCAUGUUACUGGAUGAGACGUCUGAAAAUGAACAGAAACCGGAGAAUUUGAAGUCCAUAUCUAAUUCUUACUUCCUCCCUCUCUACCCCUCUUUGAUCGAGGAUGAGGACCCAAUACCUGCAUACGCUCAGAAACUUCUUGUGAUGCUCAUUGAGUAUAACCAUAUAAAAAUUGCAGACAUUGUCCACAUGAAGAUAAUCUCGCAGUGCUUUGAAUUUCUUCGUGGUGAUUUCUCAACUGCAAAUGUCAACAAUGUACUUCUCUGCUUGGCUCUUACAUCUGCUCCAGAACUGGAAACCAAAUCCCUCUCCCAACUAAAAGUUGUUAGAAAGAUUGGAAGCCUUUUGGAAUUCGUAUUUGCAAAGGAGAUGGAAGAUUUCAUUGAACCUACUCUUCGUCUGUGUAGGGCUUUCCUUUUACGCUCAGUAGGUAGUACGAGAGGCUCUAUGUUUGCAAAAGAACCUGUUCUUUUAUAUGAUGAUGGAGCUCGUGGCUUUGAUCAAAAUGAAUGCAUCAGAGAUAUAACGGACUUUGGUGAAAAUGUUGGGGUCUUAUUAGAACUCACCCAUUUGAACGAGAUUAAUGUUGCAGACUUAGCUUCUGAAUGCUUAAUUUUAUUGCUCAAGGCAGCUCCAAGGGAAGCUACCACCGGAUUCUUGACAAACCUUCCCAAAGUCAGUCUCAUCCUUGAGUCGUCAUGGAGACAAAACAUCUCUCACUUGCUGUUGCAACGGAUUCUGAUCGCACUUGGUUAUUCUUGUAGACAGUAUCUGUCACAUGCAAUGAUAUUGUCAAUCCGUUUGCCUGACAUAUCAAAAAUCGAAGGGAUUGUUUCUCAGGUCAAAAACUCCAGUAUACCAUCUCUUGCUGAUGCUGCUUCUCGUGCAGCGUUGGAGCUUCAGAGACUGCCUCGUUGCAUUUGAGUUUGACAGCCAACAGUGUGUUGGAGCAUGUUAUAUCUCCCUUUUGGGAAAGAUGCAUAAACUGCAGCUUGGAUCAAACGGAUAUUGUGCCUGGGGAGAGAACUGUGGUUGUCAUCGACCUUUUGUAUGAUCCAGUGUAUGACUAUCAUCCUUAAUAUAUCUUCAAUUGAGUGAUAUUCUUUGUAAUACUUCAUGCACAUUCCAGUCAAUUCUUGUAAUCAAUGGUAGCCAUAGUUCAAUUUAUCCCCUUCUCCAGGUUCUUCA